AUGCCUAAACAUGUUUAAGUUUAUACAGAAAGAGUAACAUAUUUAUAGUAAUUUAUUAGUUUGAUCAAGUUUUGGAAAUGCUUGUAUCUAAGGUUGGAGAAGCAAAAUGGGCAGAAAUUACAAGAUAAAUGAAGAAUUUGUAUGGUAUUAAUGUACCUUAGAAACCAAUGGUUUAAGCUAGAUGGAGAGCAAUUGAUCCAAAAAUAAACAGGGAACCAUUUACACCAGAAGAAAUGGUUCAACAUUGGCAUCAUUGUGUUAGAUUUAAAUGUCAUUGGGAUGCUAUAAGAGAUUAAUAUGAAUUAAUUGGUCAAUAAAGAGAUAAAACAUAUUUAUCUUAAAGAUUUUCUAUAUAUUUUACUUAAAAACUUUCAGAAUUAAAUAGAGAAAUAGGAAAGAUAGCAUCAUAUAAUUAAUAAAAAAUAGAUACUAUGAGAGAAACAACAAAAAAGAGAGUAAUAGAAUUUAAUAGUAGAGAUCCUUUAAGUGUUUAAGAUUAAUCAGCAAGAGAAAUUAUUGUUAGUUGUAAAUCAUUAGUUAAAGUAAUGACUUAUUUGAUUGAUAAUUCACAUCUGUAAACUGAAUUAAUGUGGGCUGAAGUUAAGAAAAUUAUAUCUCCUGCUAAAUUUUAAAAAGUAUUAUUCAAUAUUUUCAUUAUGGACACAAUUGUUUUGAUUUCAUGUAAUGAAUUAAAAGCAAUUGAUGAUACAUCAGAUUUAAUUGAUGCUGAUGAUUUCAGAAAGGGAAAAUAUAUUAAACCAACUAAAAUUAAAUUUUGGAAAGAUGCUCUUGAACAUGAAUCCAGUCCUGAACAUACAGAAGAAGAUGAAAUUUUAACAACAUCAGUUAGAUUAAGUAGAAUGGGACCAUAAACAUAAUUCACAAAAAAAGAUAUUGAAGAAAUUAAAGAGAGUUUCAUAUAUAAAUAUUGUAAUACAGAUUAGAAUAAAGCCUUUUAUAAUUGGUAUAAUGAAGCUAAGACAUAAAAGAAUGCAUUUCCUUCAGAUUUAACAGUAGAUGUAAUGGAAUUGGAAGGAGGAAAACAAUUACUUAAUUAUGAUCCUACUUAACCUAAGAGAAAGUAUAUUAGAAAAUAAAAGGCUGAAACUAAAGUAUAGAAAUAAAUAGAAAAAUUUAAAAGGAAGAAAUAAAAGAUUUAAAUUGAAGGUGAAGGAAAAUAAAGAAUAAAAACAAAGAAGGGUAGAAUUAGACUUCAUAAAGAAAGAUUUCCAGGUCAAGAUACAAUUUAAUUUAAUUAAUAAUUAGAAGAAGAAGAAGAUGUAUCUAGUGAUGAUUAUUAAUUAAUGGAUGCAGAAUAGAUCUAUAAAAUUAAUAUGAGAAUGAAUAGAUAAAAUAAUGUCAGUCAAAGUGAAAAUGAUAGUUAAAGUAGUGAUUGA